CAGGGACACACAGAGACACACACAAAGGGACACACAGAGACACACAGAGACACGCAGGGACACACAGAGACACACACACACAGCAGGCUCUGGAUCAUGCCGUCCUCCACCUCCUCGGCUGGCGUCCUGCCGACAGGCGGCCGGAUCUUCACCUCCAUCCCCGACCUCUUCUUCAUCCCAGAGUUUGUGUGCGGGGGUCUGGUGUGGAUGCUGGUGGCGUCCACUAGCGUCGCCCCGCCCAACCCUCUGGGCUGGGUGAUGUUCGUGUCCGUCUUCUGCUUCGUGGUCACCACCGUCUGGUUCUUCAUCUUCCUCUGCGGAGCCAAUCAGGGCAGCGUCUGGCCCUCACUGGAUGUGGGGUUCCACUUCCUGGCGGAGGUGUUCUACCUCAGUGCGGCGGUGGAGCUGGCCUUCAUCACCUUCAUCCUGGGACAGAUACCUUCAGGCUCGACUGAGGCUCUCAAGACCUACAGACUGGACGUCGCUGCAGUG